AUGAAACCUCCAAGUUAUCAUGAGGUUAGAGUUAGGUUACUUAACAAGGAAGCGCAGACCACAAAUGAACUUCUUCAGUCUCAUAAAGAAGAAUGGACAAAUUACGGAUGUUCAUUAUUGUGUGAUGGAUGGCUAGAUAGAAAAGGGAGAACAUUGAUUAAUUUCGUAGUUAAUAGCUCAAAAGGAAGUGUGUUUAUUAAAUCAAUUGAUGCUAGUGAUGAAUCAAAGAUAGCAGCAUUGUUGACUAAUUUAAUUGAGAAAGAACUGAUGGAAAUUGGUCCUGAAAAAGUGGUUCAAGUUGUUACAGAUAAUGCAUUAAAUAAUGUUACAGUAGUUGAUAAUGAAAAGAAACUAGUCGUGGGAUAUAUUUAUGAAGCUAGAGAUAGGGCUAAAGAAACCAUUGCUAACUCAUUCAAUGGCAAUGAAGAGAAAUACAAGCAUAUUUUUGAGAUUAUUGAUGCAAGAUGGUCAGUUCAAUUGCAUCAUCCUUUGCAUGCUGCCGGAUACUUCUUGAAUCCUGAAUUUUUUUAUCCAAACAAGAUGAGAAUUGAGCAUGAUGAAGAAGUGAAUUCAGGCUUGCUUUCGUGCAUUCAUAAAAUGGAACAAGAUUCAACAAAAGUUGACAUGAUUAUUGAUGAAAUUGAGAACUACUUGGUGGAAACAUAUGGCUCUUCAACUCCAAACCUACAAAAAUUUGCUAUAAAGGUUCUCAAUAUUACAUGUAGUGCAAGUGGUUGUGAGAGAAAUCGGAGUGUAUUUGAGCAUCUUCAUAGUAAGAAAAGAAAUCAGCUAUUUCAAGAAUGCUUGGACAAAUUGGUUUAUGUGAAGUACAAUAGAGCUUUGUUACGUCAAUACACCUUUGGAGAUAUCGCCACGCCAAUUGAUUUGGCAAAUAUUGAUGAAAAUAAUGAGUGGUUGCUUGGUGAAUUAAAAAAAGGAGAUGGGGAUGAUGAUGAUGAUACACUUGUUUUCAUGGAUGAUGUGUUGACUUGGGGUGAUGUUGGUAGGGCGGCUGGAGUUUCUGAAUCUCAUUAUGAAUCGAGAUCGGUUGCAAAAUCAACACCAGUUAAAACUCCAUCAUUCGGAGGGUCUCAUUCAAUGAGAGGUGCAUCAUCUUCACAAGUUGAUAAUGAUGAAGAGGAGGAAGAAUUUGUGAUGGAAGUUGUUGAAAACGAAGAUAAUUUUGAAAAUCUUGAUGACGAGUAG